AUGUACGCUACGUAAGUAUUUAUUUUAACGUUUGCGGAAUUAUAAUAACAUCCAGCGAGGUGAUGGAUAAAUAGUGCAAGCAGCUUAUUUGUGAAAUCUCACAUUAAACGUAACGCUUUCUAUCAAUAAUCAUAAGCUUGCAACAUACGUGGGACAUGGAGGACGAUGCACCUGUGAUAUACGGCCUCGAAUUUCAGGUACAGUUCCACGUCGGAGAUAUGCAUGCAUUAACGUUAGUUGGAUACUGUAUAGCUAUGUCAGACAACCUCGUCCUGCCCCAGUAUCUGUGCGUUAGAGAUGUCGACGAGGAGUAUGACUUUUCGACAUCUCUAAUGCACAGAUACUGAGGCAACCUCGUCCUAGCAAUGCAACUCCAAUGUGGACAAAUAUUCAUCUGAGCUCUCUUCAAUGUACGUCAACAUUGUUGGUUUGCAAUUUCAUCAUGCUUGAGCGAUACAUUCGUCACGUAAAGCCCUGUAUUAGCAUAUACAUACAUACAUGGGUAUAGUCAACAUUAGUUACAGUGUUACAAUGUACCAACUGUAUCUUGUUUUGCAGGCUCGUGCACUUACUUCCCAGACAGCUGAAUCAGAUGCCAUUCGCUUUCUUGUGGGCACCCAGUCCCUCAAAUUUGACAAUCAGGUGAGUCAAACGACUACACUUACCAAGAGUAGUACACCUUAGGGCUGUAUAUAGUCUAUGCAUUGGAAGAGCAUCUAGGAAGGGUAUUGUACAAAGUCAUGUGUUUGUUCUUCUAACGUGGGGCCCACUUUUGGAUGUAAUCUAAAGUUGUACUAAAAACGUACUAUACAUUUUUGAUGGAAACAACAUCACUUGAUCAUUUCUCUGAUCUAGCUCUUUGGCUGCCUGUUUCAGCCCAUCGAGGCCUCUAAUAUUCCCAAUGCGGUAUUCCAGCCAAGAUUGGCCCAAGUGUUGAGAUGGGACUUGGGACCCUCUGAUACCUCAGAACUAGUUCCUCCUGGGUUGCAUCAAGACUGGGUUGUAAUGCAACAUCUUAUUGCCUGUGCCAUGACUGUCCAUGCCACGCUCUGUUUAUUUAGUGGUACUUUCAGUUAAGUUGGUUUCCUCAAGCCUUGUCCAGCAGCCGUGUGCCUUUGAGAAUUGUAGGCCUAGUAAACAAGCCUAGGAUCAUGCUAGCCAAAUGGGCCUGUGUGGACCAGGUAGUGCUGUGAGGACAGGCUUAGCCUUGGCCUCUGGCACUGGUAAUUGGGCUGACUCCAACCCAUCCUGAUGUGUGUGUGUGUCUUUCCUAGGUCAUCGUGCAGACCAGAACAGAAACAGUUGGCCAUAAACGGUGUGGGAGGUGGGGGGGAUAAUUAGUGAUUUCAGGGAGGGAGAGAGGAGAGACUGAUGUCUGUGUUGAAAUGGUUUUGGCAUCCUUUGGUGAGAAAAUGGUCUAUGCUUUUUUUUUAUUCUGGCUUUGGCUGUUUACAAGUCUAUGGGUGUUAAAAUAUGUUGCUGGAGCCCAUUCUGAACCUAUCCCUGUGGUUGGACAGGCAGACAGUGCUUAUGUUUGACUCACCCACGUCAUGUUUUUGAGAGGAAAAUACUUAUAAUUAUCGUACUGCUGUGAUGCCUGCACCAAGCACUGAAAGGUGAUGUUGAGAAUUGAAAAACAGAAUUUUGGGUGUUUUGUACCAGCAUUUCUGAAUGCACUGCAGUCACAACAAAGGGAGCAAUAAUUUCAUCCCAUCAUUAUCACAAUGCUAUUUCACUUAUGAUUAUUGGCUGUUCCAGAAAGUGGACUCUUCCUUGAAGAUGGCUUCAGUCCCACCCCCAGGCAUUGGUCACAUAGAGACCCCACCUGAUUGUCUCUGGCCUCAGGCCCUUAUCCAGUAGCUUGGACGUGUCACUAAGCCUCCUGGCUUCUUAUCCUUUCAGUCUCUCUAAUGUUGGCUUCAGGAAUCUAAUUUAUACCCUCCCUUCCUCUCACCUUAAGUGCCACUCCAGCCCUGAGAGGGCAGGGUAAUAUGAAUGGCAGAUCGUUGGGGCUCCUCCAGUGUGUGUGGCAUUAAAGCAUCUCAGCCCUGCCACUUCUGCCAGCUCCCUACUCCCCUGUCCCGCUUACUGUCAUCCGCACCACUAAAGAGCUUUAACUAAAGGCCCAAAAGUGGAGGCUCCUUUUCAUCCCCUCUUCUUUUUCUGCAACAUAAAUACAACGGGCUGGGAAGGAAGCCCAAUGGGUCUGAGAGAGGGAUGGAGGGAUAAGGCCUCCUGUAGCUCAGUUGGUAGAGCAUGGCGCUUGCAACGCCAGGGUUGUGGGUUCGAUUCCCACGGGGGGCCAGUAUGAAAAAUGUAUGCACUCACUAACUGUAAGUCGCUCUGGAUAAGAGCGUCUGCUAAAUGACUAAAAUGUAAAAUGUAAUAAGUCACUCUGCGGGCUCCGGCUGGGGAAUAACGCAGGAUAAAUCACCCAUGGGACUUCUCCUCCAACCUGGGUUCAUUCAGGGGCCCUAUUACCGGUCCUCCUCUUCCCUCAAAUGACCCUAUCCCACCAGCACCGGAAUUUAUUUGUAUGUCUCCCCUCCAUAAAAGUAUAACUUUGCGUAAUAAUCUUUGCUCGAUGUGGUCCAGCCCAAGGUUAAUGGCAGCAUGUGUGACUUUGAGGCAGCUGAAGGACGCUGUAUUCUGCUGCUCCGAUGCUCUGCUCCUCUCCUCCCAGCCUGUAAAAAGUGAACAGGGUAGAGGAGUGCCUGGAGUUAUUGUCCAGUGCAACCAGAUUAAUGGCCCCCACGGUGCAGUGAGACUCAGCCUUAUUAGAAUGACGGGUAUUAUUAACCACAUCAAACCUCUUGAUUGUCGCUGCUUUACCACCUAAGUCAAAUAUCUAUAAAAUAGAUUUCCAUAAUGGUCAAUUCAAAUAGGCCUAAGUCAAAUCAUGAGAAGUUCCAACGUCCCGCACACUGCUUGCUUGCAAAUAUUAGACCAAAGUUUGCUAUUGUAGUGCCAACUCUUUGGUCUGCUGACCUUGAUGAUGAUAGCAAGAUAACUUCAUGGUUGUUAGACAAACUGCAAUCAAUUAAACAGGAAGCUUUGGCUCCACAACACCUCUCAACCAUUGUCCAAUAUCUACCAUAUCUGGGUUUCAAUGCUUUAAACCAGGGGUGUCAAACUCAUUCCACGGAGGGCAGAGUGUCUGCGGGUUUAUGGUGUUUCCUUUAAAUGAAGACCUAGACAAACAGGUGAGGGAAGUUCCUUACUAAUUAAUGACAAUAAUUCAUCAAUCAAGUACAAGAGUGGAGCGAAAACCUGCAGACACUCAGCCCUCCAUAGAAUGAGUUUGACACGUGAUUUAAACUGUCCUUGUAGCCUGUCACACUAAAAGGCCUACUUUGGAGAAAAAGGAUGCCACAUGACCAUCAAAUUGUAUUGGUCACAUGCACCAAAUACAACAGGUGUAAACUUGACCUUGAAAUGCUUACUUAGGAGCCCAUUCCAAACAAUGCAGAGUUAAAAAGUAAGAGACGUAUUUGCUACAUAACAAAAAUAUAAACGCAACACGCAACAGAUUUUACUGAGUUACUGUUCAUAUAAGGAAAACAGCCAAUUUAAAUGAAUUCAUUAGGCCCUAAUCUAUGGAUUUCACAUGACUGGGAGUACAGAUAUGCAUCUGUUGGUCACAGAUACCUUUUUAAAAAAGGUAGGGGUGUGGAUCAGAAAACCAGUUAGUAUCCAUUUGCCUCAUGCAGCGCAACACAUCUCCUUUACGUAGAGUUGAUCAGGCUGCUGAUUGUGGCCUGUGGAAUGUUGUCACACUCCUCUUCAAUGGCUGUGCGAAGUUGCUGGAUAUUGGCGCGAACUGGAACACAAUGUCGAUCCAGAGCAUCCCAAACAUCCUCAAUGGGUGACGUGUGGUGAGUAUGCAGACCAUGGAAUAACUGGGACAUUUUCAGCUUCCAAGGAAUUGUGUACAGAUCCUUGCGACAUGGGGCCAUGCAUUAUCAUGCUGAAACAUGAGGUGAUGGCGGCAAAUGAAUGGCACGACAAUGGGACUCAGGAUCUCGUCACGGUAUCUCUGUGCAAUGAAAUUGCCAUCAAUAAAAUGCCAUUGUGUUCGUUGUUUGUAGCGUAUGCCUGCCCAUACCAUAACCCCACUGCCACCAUGGGGCUCUCUGUUCACAACGUUGACAUCAGCCAAACGCUCGUCCACACGACGCCAUACUGCCAUCUGUCGGGUACAGUUGAAACCGGGAUUCAUCUGUGAAGAGCCCACUUCCAGUGUGCCAGUGGCCAUCGAAGGUGAGGAUUUGGCUACUGAAGUCGGUUACGACGCCGAACUGCAUUCAGGUCAAGACCCUUUGUGCAGAGAUUCUUCGGUUGUGCAAACCCACAGUUUCAUCAACUGUCCAGGUGGCUGGUCUCAGACAAUCCCGCAGGUGAAGAAGCCGGAUGUGGAGGUCCUGGACUGGCGUGGUUACGCGUGGUCUGCGGUUUUGAGGCCGGUUGGACGUACUGCCAAAUUCUCUAAAACAAUGUUGUAGGCAGCUUAUGGUAGAGAAAUAACAUUAAAUUCUCUGGCAACAGCUCUGGUGGACAUUCCUGCAGUCAGCAUGCCAAUUGCACGCUCCCUCAAAACUUGAGACAUCUGUGGCAUUGUGGUGUGUGACAAAACUGCACAUUUUAGAGUGGCCUUUUAGUGUCCCCAGUACAAGGUGCACCUGUGUAAUGAUCAUGCUGUUUAAUCAGCUUCUUGAUAUGCCACACCUGCCAGGUGGAUGGAUUAUCUUGGCAAAGGAGAUAUGCUCACUAACGGGGAUGUUAACACAUGUGUGCACAACAUUUGAGAGAAAUAAGCUUUUUGUGCGUAUGGAACAUUUCUGUGAUCUUUUAUUUCAGCUCAUAAGACAUGCCAUCAACACUUUACAUGUUGCAUUUAUAUUUUUGUUCAGUAUAAAUAAAAGAAGGAAAUAGUAACCCAAUAAAAUAACAGAAAAUAAUAACAUCACUACUGUUUUCAUGUUUUACUGAUUUCACAGAGAGUGACCCCUGCCUGCUCUGGUGUUCCACAUUACUUAUCAUUAUGCUGUGAAGGGUGCAAACUAGAUUUGAUCGAUUUUCCUCUAUUGGACCUUUCUUUCUGCCGUCUAAGACAUGUAACGCUCUCUGUAACUCCUCUGAAUCUGACCCAAGUUCUGAAGGAGUGUUUAAUCGCUGCUUUUCAGGGGAUCUCAAGACAAAAAAAACGCAUUGGGUGUGUGAAGUUAAUAAAUCUAAAGUGAUGUCUGCAUUUAAGAUUGCGUUUACUGUCAUAUUAAAGACGGAACCUUUUUGUGUGAGGGGUGCUUUGAACUGCUGAGGGUUAGGGUGACUGGUGAAAGAUGAGGGGAGGAGGCGCUCCUCUGUCUGUUCUCACUACAACCUCAUCCUCACUGCUCUCCCCUCUCUCGCUCUCCUCUCUCCCUCCCUCACUCUCUCUCUCUCCUCCCGCCUCUCUUCCUCUCUCCUUUCCACAGAUCCACAUCAUUGACUUUGAUGAUGAGAAUAACAUCAUUAGUAAGAGCGUCCUGCAGCACCAGGCAGGGGAGAUAUGGCACAUCAGUGCCAGUCCUGCAGAUAAAGCCGUGCUGACGACCUGCUACAACAAAAGUGAGGCUCCCGCCGGCGCUCCCCUCGCGUCUUUCUUUUCUUCUCCUCUCUCUCUGUCUGCCUCUCUUGCUUUUUAUCUCUCCUUUUUCGGUCUCUAGAUCCUGUCUUUAUUUUACUAGUCUCUCUCUCACAACUAGGGGCCAGCGUUUUUCCUUGUCAAGUCGUGUGUUCAGGAAAAUCUCAUGGCCCCAUAAGGUAUAGCAACUGCAUUCUGUCUUGAACUGAAAUGAUGUUAUUUAAGGUAACCAUCUAGGCAAGGCAGUGAGAACCCUGUUAGCCAGCCACGUCUACCCCUGACCACUCACACCACAUACAAUCCUAGACUCACCAUGCUCCCACCCUGCCAUUUCACGCUAGCAAUUAUGCUAAAGUAACACGUCACAUUUCUCUCACACUUCUGCCAACAGUUGCCUCGAGAAAUUACAAAUGUAAACAAACAUGAAGAGACAAUUUUAAUAUAAUAUAACGAUUUGGACGAGAAAGAGUGGGGGGAAAAAAGUAAUUACAUUUCUGAGUUUAUUAGAUGGAUGCCUUUGGCCUUGGUGGGGUUAGUGACAGUAUGAAUCAGCUCUGGAUGUAGGCUACUGUAGUUGUGAAGAGAGAAACGGGGAGAGAGGCAUUGAAAACAAGGCCACGGCACUCUCACGCUCCUCUCUUUGCGCCAGCCCUAUUGUGGCGGAGGGAUGAGAUACACGAUAUGUCAGAGUGCAGUUCAAAAGAGAAAUGUAAAUACCAUGACAUCCAAUCUAAUGGAGCAGCCCCAGUCAAAAAGAAGUGAAGAUCAUAUGCCCUCACUUUACCCACAGUCUCUCUCUCUACUGGUGCUGCUGAGGCAAAUUCCUUCCUAUCCACUGUCUGAUCUGGGGAGAUAGGCUGUCUCUCUCGUGAUAGUAGUGUUGUGGGGAUGGUGUUGUGGUGGGGAUGGUGGUGUGGUGGGGAUGGUGGUGUGGUGGGGGUGUGAAUGUGGCAUAGCUUCACAGGGAUAGACGGCCAUGACAGAGUGAGAGACUGGGAGAGCAGGGAGGCGUGAAGGCCAGGUUAGGCCUUUAGGGGCAGCCGACCCCAGAGGGAGAGGCCCACAGUUAGUCUCUCACUCUGUCUCUCAUUCUGUCUCUGUUUCUGUCUCGCUCUCUUUCUUUAUAUCUCCUCUCUCUCUCUCGCUCUCUUUCUCAUUCUUCUUCCCUCUCUCUGCCUCUCUUGUCAGCUGGGCCCUGCAUACUUCAGCUCACAUGAUGACAGCUGCUGCUGUUGGAAGGGGUUAGAACCAAGAGACCAGACCAUCCCACUGUAGACACAAAUGCAUGUCACACAUGGAACUUAUCUUUAUAAAUAAUUUUUAUUUUUCUGUCACUUGACUUGCUCUAACUAUCUACUCACUAUCAGCUCGCUGUACAUUUCAGGACACUCAAGAAAGGGAUUUGAUUUCAAGCCAUCACCUACAGUGAUUUUGCUGUACCAGGUUUGUGAGACCCUUAAAACAGGUCCCUAAGGGGGUCCUAUAGACCUGGUCCUGCUGGAACCCUGUAUGUGCUGUCUUUUAUUCACACCCAUGUCCUGAGUGAGUUCCCAGUUGCCCCACCCUCUUCUGGUGUGUAACUCUGCCUGUUUCUCCUGGCCCCUCCAGCCAGUGAGAGUCGUGUGGUGACGUGUGGGGCUGUUUGGAGGAUGCCCCCAGAGUGGGAGUCAGGGAGCCAUGAGUCCCCAGAUGACCCCCACAACUCCCACAACCCCCAGAACCUGGAACUCCUCUGUCACCUUGACAACAGCGCCCAUGGCAAUGCCUCCUGGUAGGUUUCUCUCAGACUGUAACCUAAAGCUACAAUACUGUGUACAACACAACAGUCAUAUCAAUUCAACCCUCAAACUAUAGGGUUUCCACAACCCCCUGUUUCAAUUAUUUUCUCUGCUCUUUUCACCUUUGUGUUAUUUUCCCCUCUAUUUCCCCUCGUUCUAUGUUCCUCUAUCUCCUCUCCUGUCCUUCUCUCUCUCUAUCUUUCUCCGUUUGACUAUCUGUUUGUUUUUCAAAAAUCGAUUGCCCUGCUUUUCACCAUUUACACCACUAUACUGCUUCUCUUCCUCUCUCUUUAUCUCUCUCUUUCUAUCUCUCAUUCUCCCUCUUCAUCUCUUUAUCACCCUCUGUCACUUGCCCCGUCUCUCUCUCUCCCUCCCAUACAGAAGGGCAUCCUGGUCUAUACUUUACUUUACUAUACUAUCCAGCAAGCCAAAAUUGUUUCUGUGAAAGUUCCCAGAACAUUUGUUAGGUUGUGGCAAAUGGUCUCAUAAUACAAAAACUGUCCAGUCGAGGUGAUUAUAGAAUGUUUGUAUAAAACAUUUGCCUGAUGUUGCAAGAACGUUCCUAGAACACAUUUAAUCUGUUCUUUAAAGAUUCCUAGAAUGUUUAAUUAGGUUGUGGGGACAUGACAAGGGAUAUGUUCCCAAAACAAAACAACUGUCCAGUUGUGCUGACAUUUAGAUAAUGUUUGUAUCAGGGUGCACCAAGUGUUGCUUUGAUGUUGCAAGAAUGUUGACAGAACAGCCUUUCUGAAUUAUUUUAAAGUUCCCAGAACAUGUAAUUAGAUUGUGGGAACAGUGUGGGUACAUAACAAGAGCUAGGUUCCUCUAAAUGCCCGGCUAUGAAAAGCCAAGUGACAUUUACUCCUGAUGUACUGACCUGUUGCAACCUCUACAACCACUGUGAUUAUUAUUUGACCCUGCUGGUCAUCUAUGAACGUUUGAACAUCUUGGAGAAAAAUCUGGCCUUGUACUGUUAUAAUCUCCACCCUGCACAGCCAGAAGGGGACUGGCCACCCCUCAGAUCCUGGUUCCUCUCUAGGUUUCUUCCUUUCUUGGGAGUUUUUCCUAGCCACUGUGUUUCUACAUCUGCAUUGCUUGCUGUUUGGGUUUUAGACUGGGUUUCUGUAUAGCACUUUGUGAUAUCUGCUGAUGUAAAAAGGGCUUUAUAAAUAACAUUUGAUUUGAUUGGUUCCCAAAACACAAAAUAUGCUCAGUUCUGAUGACAUUCAUACAAUGUUUAAGUUUGGUUGCACAGGACAUUCCCUUCAUCACAUGUGUUGAAAGUCGUAUAAAAUGUGAUUUUAGUUGGAUAGGGCUUCCUUUAAAUAACUUGUAUUGUUGUGUAUUCAUAUGCUUCUCAGAACCUUCAAACUAAGAACCUUCAAACUAAAUAAGAAAACAAUUUGACCUUUUCUCAAUUUCUAAAUCACAUUUCAUAAGACAUUUAACACGUGAUGAAGAAAGAAGUAAGCAGCAUGGGUGGGUGAAGUGAUGGUGAAUAACCCAGUUGCCAGUAUUUCCCUCGGUUAGCCAUGUCUAAGAAGGCUAAAAAGCAUGGAAUUCCUGAUUGACCAUACUGCCAGGGCUAUACUGAAAAAUAAACAAAUGUAAGAGAGCUUCCCUGGUGGAUAAAAGACCUGGCUUGGAAACCAAACAUUGCAGGUUCAAACCCCACAUGUUCAGAUUGUCAACAUAUGAAGUGUAAAAAAUAUGGUUGUAUUUUGUAUGAUUAAAUGCUGUUCAAAUGUCCUAUGAAUGAAAUUAAAAUGCCUUGUGUCUCUGUAUCACCUACAAUACAAUCGUCAAAUGAGAAUUGCCAUUAAAUCUAGAGAGACACAUAAUGGGGAUGUAUUCCAGUAUGCUUUCUUAAGCUUUCAUUUGCAUGCUGAGAGUGUUGUGGUAAUAUUAGGUCAAGCUUAUAUAUAACAUUUUAUAAAUGUUCUUGAAAUGUUCUGAGGACUUCCAAGAUGAGGUCAAAUGUAUAUUGCGUAAACAUCAAUGGAAUAUUAUGUUAAACCUAAAACAAAUAUGCUAUGACCUUCAUAAAAACAGACUUAUUUCAUUCUUACAACAUUAAGGAAAUGUCCUGUGCAAUUUCCUGUGCAGCCUAACUUAAACAUUGUAUGAAUGUCAUCACAACUGAGCAUAUUUUGUGUUUUGGGAACAUAUCUCUAGUCAUGUCCCCACAAUGUUACCAUAACCUAAGGAAACAUUCUGGAAACCUUUAAAAAACAGACAAAAUGUGUUCUGGGAACAUUCUUGUAACAUCAGGUAAAUGUUUUUUGCACCCUAAAAUAAACAUUGUAGAAUAAUCCACACAACUGGACAGUUUUUGUGUUUUGAUAACAUAUAUUUUGUGAUAUCCCCACAAUGUUCCCACCAGACUGUUCCCACAACCUAAUGAAAUAUUCUGGGAACCUUUUAAAGAACAGAUUAAAUGUCUUAUAGGAACAGGCAAAUGUUUUAUACAAACAUUCUAAAAUCAUAACCAUGAGUGGAGAGUUAUUUUGCUGCGAUCGAACAAAUGUUCUGGGAACUUUCACAGAACCAAUUUUGGUUUGCAGGGAAAACGUUACUGGUACAUUGUGUUAUUAAAUUACCUGGAAACCUAAAGAGAACUUUAGGAAACCUAACUAGAACAUAAUGGGAAUCUUCGUUAAUGUUCUGGGAAUGUUCCCUGUUUGCUGGGUAUGCUGUGCUGUGCUGUGCAAGGUAUUGACUGACCUAUGUAUCCCAGGGCUCAGCCACUGCUCAGGCCUUUUUCUUAUAGUUGCAUACACUACAUUCACCAUCAUUUAUUGUGCAGGAAAAUAAAGUCAAUGCUCAUCCCUUUUUAGACUUCAGUAGCUGCCUCAUCCCUUUGGAAGAAAGAGUGCAUUUUAGCAUUCCAAAUUAAAUUCCCUUUUCCAUUUUGAGUCUUCCCUGAGCAGUAUUUUCUUAUUUUAGAGAGUGCAAUUUACUAUGUGCGUGUGUGUAAUAGCCUUCUGUUAGUGAAGCUCCAAGGGUGGGUGAGGUGUGGCUCUGAGGUGGAGAUGUAUGGUUCUGGUGUCUGCCCCUCUGACUCCUCCAGAGCUGCAACAUUCUGAAUGGCAUGUAUCUGUUUCUAUAUCUAUAUCUGUAUCUGUUUCUAUAUCUAUAUCUGUAUCUGUUUCUAUAUCUGUGUCUGUAUCUGUUUCUAUAUCUGUAUCUGUAUCUGUUUCUAUAUCUGUAUCUGUAUCUGUUUCUAUAUCUAUAUCUGUAUCUGUAUCUCUAUCUGUUUCUAUGUCUGUGUCUGUAUCUGUUCUAUAUCUGUGUCUGUAUCUGUUUCUAUAUCUGUAUCUGUAUCUGUUUCUAUAUCUGUGUCUGUAUCUCUAUCUGUUUCUAUGUCUGUAUCUAUGUCUGUAUCUGUUUCUAUAUCUGUGUCUGUAUCUGUUCUCUAUCUGUUUCUAUAUCUGUGUCUGUAUCUGUUUCUAUAUCUGUAUCUGUAUCUGUUUCUAUAUCUGUGUCUGUAUCUGUUUCUAUAUCUGUAUCUGUAUCUGUUCUAUAUCUGUGUCUGUAUCUGUAUCUGUGUCUGUAUCUGUGUCUGUAUCUGUGUCUAUCUCUCUGUAUCUGUAUCUGUUUCUAUAUCUGUGUCUGUGUCUGUGUCUGUUUCUAUAUCUGUGUCUGUGUCUGUAUCUGUAUCUGUUUCUAUAUCUGUGUCUGUCUGUAUCUGUAUCUGUUUCUAUAUCUGUUUCUAUCUGUUUCUAUAUCUGUGUCUGUAUCUGUAUCUGUAUCUGUGUCUAUCUCUCUGUAUCUGUAUCUGUUUCUAUGUAUGUGUCUGUGUCUGUAUCUGUGUCUGUAUCUAUGUCUGUAUCUGUGUCUGUAUCUGUGUCUGUAUCUGUGUCUAUCUGUGUCUGUGUUCUGUUUGUGAUGUGAGGCUUGUAUCCUUUGCUUUGUUGUAUUGGCUCUGAGAAAUGGAUGGCUUUGGUUUGGUGCCCACCUCUUCCAUCUCUUUCAGGCUGCUACCCCCGCUCGCUCUGACUACGCUGGCAGGAGCACAGCAAUCAGCAGGGGAGUGUGUGUGUGUGUACGUGCUUGUUUGAGUGAGAGUCUGUUAGAGUGUGAGAAAAGGAGUAUGUGAGAGAGUGUGUGUCUGUCUGUCAGUACGUCCUUUAUGCCUGUAUGGCUGUUCCUUUGUCCCACCAUCAUCCACCACGUCUCUUAUAUUCAGCCACCAAAUCCCCCCUUAGUCUGUGUGGACAAACAUUUGGGCUAGUGUCAUGUUGUGAAGCUUGCCUGGAUUGACAAAAACAGACCCAAAAACAAACAAAAAUAUAUUUAUAUUUCUCUCCCCUGCUUUGGUGAGCCAAGCACCUCAUUUCGAUUUGAAGCAGCACCAGGCGCAGGAAUUGAUUCCCAUGGAGCGAUUAGGACCAAUCAGGGCCUGGCUGAGCACCUUGAGGAAUCAUGAAGCUCAACAAGGACACUGUUUUAUUUUCUACGCUGUGGUGUGACAGGAGAGGGUUAUAGUUUGUUUUGUGUGUGUGUGUGUGCAUAUGAGCCUCUGUCUAUGAGUGUGUAGCCUAUGCGUACAGGGGUGUGUGUAUGCCUGUGUGUUGUUGGAGGUGGGGGACUGAUAGAAAUCAAUGUUAGCCCAAUGGGAGUCCAGACAGCCCGAUAGUCAAUACUGUCAGUAAUGUGAGGGGCCGUGGAGACCCGUCUUCAAACACACCUUCAAUUGGACACAUUAACUCAGUAUGGCUGAUUUUAAUCCUGGCUCUACACACACACACAGACACACAACACACACACACACAGACACACACACAGACAUACUGACACACACACACGUUUUAAAUUGUUCAUUGUUCAUUCCCCCUCUGUCCUCUUUUUCUUAGUUCCUUUCUCCCUCUUCUACUAUCCCUGUUUCUCUCUCUCUCUCUCUCUCUCUCUCUCUCUCUCUCUCUCUCUCUCUCUCCUCUCCUCUCUCUCUCUCCUCUCUCUCUCUCCACUCUCUCUCUCCUCUCUCAUCGUCUCUUCCUCCUCUCUCUCUCUCUCUCUCUCUCUCUCUCUCUCCUCUCAUCCUCUCUCUUGGCCUUACCUUGGACUUAUAGAUCUAUGCUACUGAUCCCUCACUGUAACUCCGUAGCCAAGCCAAACUGAUUUCUCUGUGUGUCUCUAUUCCCCAAAGCAGCCCAAUCUGAUUUCCCCCUUAAUACCAUGAGCGGCAUGUGCAUAAGUUGCUAUCAAAUUAAACUCAUCUGAAUGCAAAGCAGACAAGGAAACAAUCUGAUGAGGAGGAAGAAAGCAGGCAUCUUGUCCCAUACUGUCUGAGCUUUAAACUCCCCUCCCCAGCAGUCCUCCAUGUAUUUACAUAUUCCCUCCCUACCAGGAUGCCAUGCUGCCGCGGAGCUCAAGGUCAAAUGCACAUAACUUAUAUUCUUUAAUAAGAGAGGCUGACUGGUGCCAUAAAGGAGAAGAGGAUGUAUCUCUCUCUCUCUCUCUUUUUUGUCCCUCUCUAUCUCAAUUCUUUAUUUCUUUCUCUUUUAUAAAUUAGGCUAAUUGAUACAGUUGGGGGGCUGCUUUUAUAAAUCUGUGUGUGGUGAAUAUAUUGACAUCAGAUUGGAGCUGUUUUUAUAGAAUAAAUGAAUGAGAGAAAGAGGGUGAGAAAGAGAGAGACAGAAAGCUCCUUGGCUGAUGUGUGCCUGCGUGUAUUUGUGUCCCAGGCCUGUGACUCCUAGCACCUUGGUAGGGCAGUAAAAACUGUCCUCAUCAUCCAUGGAUUUACAACCUCCAUAAACUCUUCUACUCUUCUCUCUCGUUUUCCCUCUAUCCCUCUCUCCCCCAUCCCCUCACAAGAGAUGGAAGCAAAUUACAGAGUUGGAUGAAAUCCUGAGGAAGACUAAACUUGUCCCUCCCUCCUCUUCCAUCCCUUUAUCCCUCCCACACACACACACCACAGUGGAGGCUUUAUGUUGUGUUGCUCCGCCCUGAUGAAUGAUUGAGGAGAUGGACCAGUCUCAUUUAUCACCACUAGAACUAAGGACUAGUCCGUCUAUAGCAAGUCUAUAGCCGGUACAUGCAGGGGCUCUUUAUCUACUGUGUGUGUGUCGUAUGCAGUAAAUACUGCAUAGUGGUCAUUUGACUACACACUUGUCAAAUCAUGGUCAUAAACUUUGGUUACAGUAGCUGUAGCCUUUGCAGGCCAAGUCGUGUGUGUGUGUGUGAGUGAGUGAGAGAGCGCUUGUGUGUGCAUCAUACUGUGGUGUAUAUAAGAGUGUUUGUGUUUUUUUCUCACUGAAGUGUGUAUUCAUGCAAGUGUGUCCUGUGAACUAACUCUUCCCCCCCUCUCUCUCUUUCUCGGUCUCUCUCUCUCUGUCUCGCUCUGCUGCAGUGUCCUGUGGGAGCCCAUGGGAGAUGGGAAGCGUGUGAUCUCUCUGGCUGAUAACCACGCUCUGCUCUGGGACCUGACGGAGAGCUCUACCCAGGCCACGGUGAGACACGCACUCGCCCUCACACCACAAUACAUCUUCCCAUACCCUCUCCUAUAACAGAACUGUCCAGGGGUGUGCUCUGCUCGCCUCACCGAGAUCACAUGAUUCCUUACUGAAACACACCCUGUAUCUGGGCUAGCUUCAGUGGCUCCGCUAGGUGUUCUUCCUUACUGAAACACACCCUGUAUCUGGGCUAGCUUCAGUGGCUCCGCUAGGUGUUCUUCCUUACUGAAACACACCCUGUAUCUGGGCUAGCUUCAGUGGCUCCGCUAGGUGUUCUUCCUUACUGAAACACACCCUGUAUCUGGGCUAGCUUCAGUGGCUCCGCUAGGUGUUUCUUCCUUACUGAAACACACCCUGUAUCUGGGCUAGCUUCAGUGGCUCCGCUAGGUGUUCUUCCUUACUGAAACACACCCUGUAUCUGGGCUAGCUUCAGUGGCUCCGCUAGGUGUUCUUCCUUACUGAAACACACCCUGUAUCUGGGCUAGCUUCAGUGGCUCCGCUAGGUGUUCUUCCUUACUGAAACACACCCUGUAUCUGGGAUAGCUUCAGUGGCUCCGCUAGGUGUUCUUCCUUCUGAAACACACCCUGUAUCUGGGCUAGCUUCAGUGGCUCCGCUAGUGUUCUUCCUUACGAACAACCUUAUCUGGGCUAGCUUCAGUGGCUCCGCAGGUUUCUCCUUACGAACACACCCUGUAUCUGGGCUAAGCUUCAGUGGCUCCCUAGGUGUUCUUCCUUACUGAAACACACCCUGUAUCUGGGAUAGCUUCAGUGGCUCCGCUAGGUGUUCUUCCUUACUGAAACACACCCUGUAUCUGGGAUAGCUUCAGUGGCUCCGCUAGGUGUUGUUCUGCCUUUCAGAGCUGGUUCACUGGUUCCCCAACAAUCUUCUUUUGUGAUCCACCUCAAAUAGUUAAAGGUAGACUCCAGCGAGAUGACGUUGCAUGCAGGAAAGUAAACACAAUAUCGGCUCAUUUUCCGCAACAACUAAGAGCGUUGAAGCGCAAGGCUAAACUUCUCAGCUGUUUUGGUCCGUAGCUACCAGGUUGUAGCAGCGUGAAGCGCAACCGUGCACAUGCGCAGAUACAGCACUCUGUUUGACUGUGUGAGAGCAAACUCUUGAAUCACGCCCAUCUCAGUGUCUGCUGUGCUGCUCGUUGCAACGCCAUCUCGCUGAGUUUCCCUUUUUAAGUGCUUCUUGUGUCAAGUAAAAAUGUACUGUUUUAACCACAGCCCUGUCCCAACCCCCAUGCAAGCUAGUUUUAUUUUGAACUUUACCUAUUAAAAGUUAAAUGUCUAAAGUACUAUUUGUUGUCACACAGUUGGCCUACUCAGGACUAGUUUGUGGUCAUACUCUUUAGUAGAAACUCUUUCCUCUGACAGUUAAGUGCCAUCCACACCACAUUGUAAUUUACUGUUCUGUUCCUCUGAUUCUCCACUCCACUGCUUCUGUAAUUAAAACAUCCAUAGUUCUAUUGUGGAGAUGAAGUGUGUGUACUCUCUGUACUGUGUAGGCUGGUCACUUAAUGUUCUAUUAGCAGCUAGCUGCCUGGAUGCAGCAGGGAGGUGCUUCAUGGAUAAUUGGCUUAAGUCAUUAGUAGGCCAAAUUCAUGUUCUCAUACAGAGAUCUGCACAGGCCAGCCAGGUCACAGGGCAGCCAGGUCACAGGCCAGCCAGGUCACAGGCCCAACAGGACACAACCCAGGACUUGACAUUUCUCUCUGUCACGCCUGAUUCCACUCCCCCUCGAGCGCCAGGCUGCCCAUCAUUACGCACACCUGUCACCAUCGUUACGUGCAUCAGUGCUCAUUGGACUAACCUGGACUCCUUCCCUUUGUUAAUGACCUCCCCUAUAUCUGUCUGUUCCGCUGUUUGACCCCUGUGUCAGCAUUGAUGUUUCGUUUCCCCUGUCCAGAUGCUGUCCGUGUUUUGUUCCUGUCUGUUUUUUCCAUUAAAUGUUCACUCCCUGUACUUGCUUCCUGUCUCCCAGCGUCUGUCCUCACACUCUCUCUCUGUGUCUGUGUGUGUGUGUGUCCGUCAUAAUGCAAACCUGUGAAGAAUCACUUGGUCAAGACACUGCAAUCAGACACACACAUUCUCUCCUACCCUGUUUGUGGAGGAGUCUCAGUGGAAGGCACUUUGUCCCCCCUGUGCAGUGACACUGAUGUCAGCCUGGGCUGCAGAGCAGCAGAGCUAUCAAGUGACACAGCCUGCCCUGGACAUGGUAGCCAUUAAAAAUGGAGGGAGAGAGAGGGAGGGGGGGAGGAGCCUGGCAGCCAAGACAGAUUCCUCCAGUGCUGUUGAGAAUGCUAAUCUUCUCCACUCUAUCCCUCUCAGCCACUCCCCCCUCCUCUCCUCCAUCCCUCCCUCCUUUCCCACAUCCCUUCCCUCCAUCAGAGGCUCUCAGGCUGAUGUGUUCAUCACAGGCCUGUCUGUUUGUCCAGCUGCACCAUGGAUGUGUCUGUCUCAGGGGUCCAGGGUGGAUUAAUGCUGUGUGUGUGUGUGUGUGCUCAAUUAAAGACACUGCUGGAAUUGAGUGAGAACAUCUCCUCCGGCUUACGGCACACCCACACACCUUAUUCAUUGCGACUGUACACACUCACGCUCCGACACAGUCGGUUCACACUCUCACUAAAUGCUUGACUAUUUGGCAGAUAGCAAUGUUUUAUCUAACGCCGCUUGCUAAAGGUAGGCGUCCUUCAGUUAUUUCUAUGCUGUCUCGUUAUGGCUGCUAAUAUGGUUAGCACUAACAUAGCUGGGAGCUAGGCAGGACACGAGGCUGUGGCUGUGCCAAUGUACUACGCAACAAUCAAAUUGAUUGAAUGUAUGGAUCUAUCUCUCUCCAUCUGUCUCUCUACCCCUCUCUUCAUCUCCUUCCCCUCUCGCUCCCUCUCCUUCCCCUGUCUUCUUACCCUGCCUCUCUUCCUGUCCUCCCCCUCUCCCUUCUCUUCCCUCUAUACCUGAAAUAAUGAGACGUUCCCCAGCAUGUGCAAUAAGGAGAGAGAGAGAGAGGAGAGAGAGCGAGAGAGCGAGAGAGCGAGAUAGCGGAGAGCGAGAGAGCGAGAGAGCGAGAGAUAGAGAGAAGAGAGCGAGGAGAGAGAGACACACCAUACACCAGAUAUGAGGAACACACAACACACACACAAUAAAUAAACCCCCCCACACAAAAACACAAAACCACAAAAAUAAACCACCCCACAAAAAAGAGAAAAAAACACCACCCCCAAAAAUAGAAAAAAAUACCCACACACACCCCAAAGAGAGAAGAAAACACACACACCCACACACACAAAGAGAAAAGGGGACAACACACCCACCACCACACAAAAGAGAAGAAAACCACACACCCCCCAACCCCACACCAAAGAAAGAAAACCCCACCCACCACCAAAACCCCAAAAGAAAAUUUUAAAGAGAGAGAGCCCCAAAACCACACACCCACACACACAAAAGGGGAAAAAAAGCCCACAACAAAACCCCAACACAAGAGAAAGAAAAACACACACCACACACACACACACACAGGAAAAGAGACAACCACACACAAACCAAAGAGAAAAAGAAAAGAAAACACACACCACACACACACCACAAAAAAAAACCCCCCACACACACACCCCCCACAAAAAGAGAAGAAACAAAACCCCACACCAACCCCCCACAGAAAAUUAGAGAGACAAACCCCACCACACACACAAAAAAAAGAUAGAGAUAAAACCACACACACACAACCCACACACAGAGAGAAGAAACCCAACACCCCCACCCACACACCACCAUAAAGAAAGACACCACCCCACACAACACACACACCCAGAGAGGGGAAAGACCCACACAAAAACCCCCCACACACCACCAGGGGGAAACACAAAACACACAACACAAACACCACCCCUAGAGAGAAAACAAAAAAACACACACACAAAAAACCACCCCCACAAACCCAAAAGAAGAAAAGCCACAACCACCCACACACCCACAAAAACACAGAAAGGCGAACCCACCCCCCAAAACCCAAAACACACACAAAAGAAAAGAGAGAGAACACACACACACACACACACACACCAGAGAGAGAGAGAAAACCCCCCCCAACACACCACACACAAAAGAGAAAAAGGGACAAAACCAAAACACACACACACCCACCACACAGAGAGAGAAAAAGACAAACCACACACCCACACACACACACAAGAGAGAAAGAGACCCCACACACAACCCCCCACACACACAAAGGGGAAGAGAGAGACAAAACACACACAAAAAACCCAAACACACACAGAGAGAGAGAAAGCCCCACCCACACAACACCCCCACAACACAAGAGAGAAAGGAAAACCCACACACAACCCCACACCCCCAAAACCCCCCCCCACAGAGAGAAGGAAAAAAAAAAAAAAAAAACACAAAACACAAAACCCACACACAAAGAGAGAGAGAUACACACCCCAACACACACACCCCAAAAAAAAAAAAAGAAAAGAGACACACACACACACACCAAGAAAGAGAGAGACAAAAACAACAAACAACCCAGAAAGAGGAACACCCCACCCCACACACAGAGAAGGGGAACACCCCCCACACAACCCCAAAGAAGAACCACCCACACACCACAGAGAAGAACACACACACACCCACCCACACACAGGGGAAUAAACACCCCCCAAACCCCAAAGAGAAUCCCAUACCCACACACACACACAUACCACUAACACACACCACAAAAUACACACAUAAAACCCCCCACACCCCAUACACCAACCCCACAUCCCACAACACACACACAUACAAAAACCCCCACACACACACAACACACACCCCACACACACACACACAAACCCCCCACACCCACAAAAGAACACACACAACCCCAGAAUAAAAACACCCCACACACCCCAAAGCACACACACACAAGAGAGAGACACACCCCAAAACCCACACAACAGAGAGGAGAAACACACCACCAAAACACACAAAGAAAGACACACCCAAAACACACCCACGGAGAUAGAAACACACACACAGAGAAGAGAGGACACACACACCCCCCCCACAGAGGAGAAAAGACACCACCCACCCACAAAAGGGGAGAUAAGGAAAACACCCACACCCACACACGAGUGAGAGAGAGACCCCACACACACACACACACACCAAGAGAAAAGACAACCCCCACAGAAAGAGAGAGACACCCACACACACACACCCACAAAUAGGGAAAACACACACACACCCACCCCCAGAAAGAGAGAGACACACCCCAAAACACACAGAAGAGGAGAGAGACAACCCACCCACCACACACAGAAAAAUAGAGAACACCCAAAACACACACACAGAGAGAGAGAGACACACACACACAAAGGGGAGAGAGACACCCCCACCCACACAACCCCCCCAAAAGAGAGAGAACAAACACACACACCCACCCACAAAAGAGAGAAACCAAAAACACACACAUAUAAAAGAGAAACCCCAACACACACAAAACAAAGGGGGAAGAAAAGACCACCCACAACACAGAAGAGAGAGAGAAACCCACACCCACCCCACCCAGAGAGAGAGAGGGGACACCCCCACACACCACAGGAAGAGAGACCACACCCCCAGAGAGAAGAAACACCACACACACACAAAACCACACAAAAAAGGGGAAAACCACCACCACACACCCCAGAAAAAGAAAGACAACACACCCACACCACCAGAGAGAAGAGAGCCAAACACACACAACAAUAGAGAGAAACCACACACCCACAAAUAGGAAGACCCAAACACACAAAGAUGGGGAGAUAACACACACACACAAACACCCCAAAAGGGGAAGAGAGAGACACACCCCACCAACCAAGAAUAGAUAGAACACACACACCACACAAAGAAGAGAAGAACCCACCCCACACAAAACACAAAACUUUAGAGACAAACCCCCACCCCCACACAGAGAGAGAGAAACACCCACAACCCACCCGGGAAGAGAGAAAAAAACCCCCAAAACACACAAAACAAAAGGGGAAGAGAGACACACAACAAAACCACCCCAGAAAGAGAGACAAAAACCAAAACACCACACAAAAAGAGAAGAGAACACACCAAAACCCCCCAAAGGAGGAGAGAGACCCAAACCCCCACACAACAAAAAGAAAGAGAGACCACACACCACACACAGAGAGAGAGAGAAAACACACCCACACACACCACAAGAGUAGAAAAACACAACACACCCCCAAAACACAAGAAGAAACCACACCCCCACACACACACACAGAGAGAGAACCCAAACACACACACACCCCCACCAAGAAGAGACCACCCACCAAAAAGGAACAUACACAUACAAAACACCCCACACACAUACACACACACCACAUACACACACAAAAACCAAAAUACAACACCCCACACACAUACCACACACCACACACAAAACCCCACACACAAGAAACACACACAAAAACACACACACAAAAAGGACACACACACAAAACACACAAAACACAAAAAACACAGGAAAGAGACCCACACAACCCCACACACAAGGAGAGAGAAAACACAACCAAAACCCCACACAGAAGAGAAACACACACCAAACACACCCCACAUAAGAGAGAGACCCACACACCCCACCCACAGAGAGAGAACACACACCACCCAGAGAAGACACCCACACCCACCCACAAAACACAUACUACACACACACCCACCCAUACCACAUAACAAAACACACACCAACAAACCCCACCCCCAAAACACACACCCACACACCCAAAAUCAAAACACAAAAUACCAAAACACACAAAGAACAAAACACCCCACACACACCCACACACAGAGAAACACACACACACAACACAACACACACACACCACAAAAGAGACAACACACCCCCCACCCACACAGAGAGAGAAAAACACACACACACACACAGAGGAGACCACAAAACACACCCCCCAGGGGACCACACCCCACACCACAGAGAAAGACCCACAACACACCCAACAAAACCCAAAAGGGAAGAACACACACACAACCCACCCAGAAUAGAGACACCAAAACCACACACCCACAGAGAGGGGAGACAACACACACACCCACACACCCCAGAGAAAACACACCCACACACAACAAGAGAGAGAGACCCACACACACACCAAAAUAGAGAACCCACACCCACCCACACCCCAAAGAGAGAGAAAACACACACCCAACACACCACGGGAAAAGAGGAGAAAACACACACAACACACACAACACCACCCACACCCACACACCACCCCCAGAGGAGAGACACACCACAUAAAAGACCCCCACAAAAACACACACACACACACACACACAGAGAGACCACCACACACCAGAGAGAGACACACACACACCACACACACACCAGAGAGACACACACACACACACACACACACACACACACACACAGAGAGAGAGAGAGAGACACACACACACACACAGAGAGAGAGACAGACACACACAGACACACAGAGAUGCAGAUGUAUGAAAUGAGUCAGUACAGACUCAGAGGGUCCAUCAACUGGUGAUUCAUGAGUAACAGUAUAUAGAUAUUCACAAUGGAAACAAUAUCCUUCAAGAGUCAUUGAACCUGUCAUUGACUGCUGUGUGAAGGAGGGUGAGAUCAGCUAUACACUAGGGAAGGCCUGUCUAAACAGAUCCAUCAAUAUAUUAACUCUUAGCCUUCCUCGCCAUACUCAAUGAUUGACGUGUGUGUUCAGGUGUAGUAAUCGUUAACCCUUUCCCCUCCAGAUUUCCAGCAGUGCCACCCUAGAGGGUAAAGGUCAACUGAAAUUCACGGCUGGGAAGUGGAGUCCGCAUCACAACUGUACCCAGCUGGCCACAGCCAACGACACAGCAAUCAGAGGCUGGGACCUCCGCACCAUGAGGUAAGACUGACAUACUAACCAUAUUCAGCCAUUAUGUUCUAUACAACUACUUGUUUAUAGUUCAGUAGUACUGAACUAUUUAGUAUGAUAACUAUAACUUUAGUCAUUAGUAUUAGAAACCAAUGAGUUCUACCUCCCGAGUGGCACAGUGGUCUAAGGCACUGCACCAGAGAUCCUGGUUCGAUUCCAGACUCUGUCGUAGCCGGCCGCGACCGGGAGACCCAUGGGGCGGCGCACAAUUGGCCCAGCUUCGUCCAGGGUAGGGGAGGGAAUGGCCGGCAGGGAUGUAGCUCAGUUGGUUUGCAACGCCAGGGUUGUGGGUUCGAUUCCCAUGGGGGGCCAGUAUGAAAAAUAUAUAACUAUAUAUAAAAAAUAAUGAUGUAUGCACUCACUAACUGUAAGUCUCUCUGGAUAAGAGCGUCUGCUAAAAUGACUAAAAUGUAAAUGUAGUAUUAAAUGUGGUCCUUAUUGGGUGGUAAUACGAUAUGGGUCUCUGACUACCCCCAACACUAAGGCUCAAUGCCUACCAUACCCCACCCAAAAUGGACAGACCAAAGAUAAGUAACAGAAUACCUCAUCUGGAUGAGUCGAUAGGCUAUUACCACAACACUGAUUCCACCUAUCCACCCACUACCAACAUUGACCUUAAAGCCACAUUGAUAUUCCCACAUUAUCUGCUAUACCCCCACUAUACACUCAGUAUCAUUACACAGAGAGAUGGAGUGAGGGAGGUCAAGUUAUGUGUGGGCUCUGCUAGAGGAAUAAUAAUCACCUCUCUAUUGAUUGCUCCGAUAACACCAAAGCACUGGAGAGAAAUUGAGAGAGAGAGGGAUGGAGAGGGAGAGCAAGAAUGAGGGUUAGAGAGUAUAUUUGAAAACUACAGGAGAGUGAGUGCAGUUUGUCUGAGGGGUGUGUGUGAGAGCUGAGUGUGUGUGUGAGGGGUGUGUGUGUGUGUGAGGGGUGUGUGUGUGUGUGUGUGUGAGGGGGGUGUGUGUGUGUGUGUGAGGGGUGUGUGUGUGUGUGUGAGGGGUGUGUGUGUGUGUGUGUGAGGGGUGUGUGUGUGUGUGUGUGUGAGGGGUGUGUGUGUGUGUGUGUGUGAGAGGGGUGUGUGUGAGGGGUGUGUGUGUGUGUGUGUGUGUGAGAGGUGUGUGAAGGGGUGUGUGAGGGGUGUGUGUGUGUGUGUGAGGGGUGUGUGUGUGUGUGUGUGUGAGUGGUGUGUGUGUGAGAGCUGAGUGUGUGUCUGUUUUUGUGUGACUGCAUGUGUGUGUGUGACUGUCCAGUUGGUGCAGCAGCUGUGUGAUGGCAGCCUGCGAGCACGGUCCAGUGGCUCUUCAGACAUCCUCUUUGGUGUGUGUCUGCUCUGGCUCGUCACACUGUGUGCCAGCCCAAACCGGCCUGCCCCACUCUGCUCCGCUCAGGGACACUGGAGGAGAACACUGUCUACUGCUCUCUCCAGAGACUUAA